UGCAAUUGUUCUGACCUUAAAAAAAUCAAACACCAAAGGAGGGAAAAGAAAAAGAGGAGAGAGAAAAAAUAAAUCAAACAACAAUGAAGAAGACGAAAAACAGUGGAGGAAGUGGGACAACUCAGUCCGAGUCAAACUCACUAACUCAUUCUCAUUCACUCUCCGAGUCACACCCUUCUCUAAACGACGGGUUUAAGGAAUUAAUACCUUCACCCGCCCUCGAUACGCAGCGUGUUAAGUCGGAGGAGGAGGAAGGGGAGGGGGAGAGAGAAAUUGGCUAUGAUGACGAGGAGAAAGAAGAAGACGGCGAUGACGAUGACGAUGACGAUGGAGAGGAAGACGAUGAAGAUGAUGACGAUGAAGACGAUGAAGAAGCAGAAGCAGGGGAAGAAGCAGAGGAAAGAGAUGGAAAUGGUGCUGAUGUUUUGAUUGAAGGUAAGACGAGUGCGGAGCGAAAGAAGCUUGCUGAGGGAUUUUAUGAGGUUGAAUCAAUUCGUAGGAAGAGGAUUUGCAAGGGGGAGCCUCAAUAUUUUAUUAAAUGGCGUGGUUGGCCAGAGAGUGCGAACACUUGGGAACCCGUUGAUCAUCUUCAGACAUGUCCUGAUGUUGUUGAAGCCUAUGAAGAGAGGUUGCGUUCUGGGCAUAAGAAGAAUUCUCGAAAGCGCAAACGGAAAUUUACCCAACCAAAGAAGAAAAUGCAAUAUUCUUAUGGUGCUUCCAAGAGUAAGUUAACACCCGUUAAGAUAUCACUUAGCAAUGAACAUCAAAACCCUGCUGCUCUAGAUAACUCAGGUCAGGCCCAUUCUCAACCUGGCAUGGUUGACGUUGUUGUAGAGCAUUGUGAGGAAAUAAAAAGACCCAGGGUAGCUAAAAGUGUUGGUUACAAGGGCACUGAGACUGUAUCUCCUCAUGUUGCUAGCAAUGGAAAAGAAAACAGUACCCAAUUAUUUGGUCAAAAUUCAAGUGGAAAGAAUAUGGAUGAACAUUUUUUGCAGUCGAUGGCUGUAGAAGGAGAUGGUUUAGAACAUCACCAAUCCAACGUAAACAGUGUAGAAAUAGGCCAAGGCAAUCAGCGCCGAGGUGCUAAGCGAAGGAAAUCUGGUUCUGUACGAAGGUUCACACAGGAUAUGACAUCACUCAAUUUUGAUUACCUUGCAAAUACAGCACCAGGGAAUAUUAGCUCUUGUGAUAGAGUUGGGGAGCCAACGUUAGGGAAUUCUGAUGCCUACCGCAAGAAAACUUUUGAAAGCUCUAGGAACUCCGCUGUUAUCACGAGGCUCGUCAAGCCAAUAAGCUAUUCAGCAUCUGUGACAAACAAUGUCCAGGAUGUUUUGGUAACCUUUGCGGCAAUGGGGUCUGAUGGAAAGGAACUUACGGUUGAUAACAAGUUUCUCAAGGCUAACUACCCCCAUCUGUUGAUCAAUUUCUAUGAACAACAUCUUCGAUAUAGUCCAAGUUGAAGUGACACCUAUUUCCACAUCUCUUGCCAUUUUGAUAGUGCAUUGGAGGGGGCUUUUCUGAUAGAUUGGGUAUGUAGAUGAUUUUGUGCCAUAUGUAGGAUUUUGUGUUUUAACUUAUUUUAGUAGUGCAUAGUAAUAGGUACAGAGAUUGCAUGGUGCUGAUAUAGCCGUUGUGAUCCACAUAUCAGAAUACUUUGUUGAUGUUUAGUAGGUGGUAAUAUGAUUAGUGAUUAGAAACGCUUCGUGUUGUGAAUUUGUAUAGCAACACUCUGCCGGUGACCAUUAGCACUGGUGCUCAGGUCAUCUAAUGUCAAAAGUUCAUCUUUUGGAA